UGGAAACCACUAAUUUAAUAUUGUAUUUAGAACCGAAGCCACUUUGAAGUUUCGAUCAACUAAAAUACUAAAAAACUUAUUACUCCUCUCUCUUCUGUCCAUGGAAAACACAUCUCCCUUGAAAUUUGACGUGUCCAUCACCACGGGCCUCCUUCAACUCCACCGGCCAUGAAACCCAUCACCAUCACCAACACCAUUCCAUCAAUCCUUCUUCUCUUCUGCUUACUUUUGGAAUUUUCCAGCAGCACUGAUACGAUCACAUCCACACAAUUCCUCAAAGAUUCACAGUCUAUAUUGUCUAAUCGCGGCUUCUUCGAACUGGGUUUCUUCAGCCCUCCCCAUUCUACCGAUCGGUUCGUUGGAAUUUGGGAUAAACGAGUUCCUGUACCAACUGUUUUCUGGGUAGCUAACAGAGACAAGCCUCUCAACAAAAAAUCCGGUGUUUUCGCCUUAUCUAAUGAUGGGAAUCUCCUAGUAUUAGAUGAACACAACAAGAUUCUAUGGAGCUCCAAUGUUUCUAACGCUGUCGUGAAUUCCACCGCUCGUCUUCUUGAUUCUGGUAACCUUGUGUUGCAACACUCUGUUUCAGGAACCAUUAUAUGGGAGAGUUUCAAAGACCCCUCAGACAAAUUCUUGCCAAUGAUGAAAUUCAUCACCAACUCAAUCACAAACCAGAAAGUACAAAUUAUGUCGUGGAAAACCCCCACCGAUCCAUCUUCUGGAAAUUUCUCCUUCGGAAUUGACCCUCUGACGAUCCCUGAAGUUGUAAUAUGGAAAAAUAGGCGCCCGUAUUGGAGGUCCGGUCCAUGGGAUGGUCAAGUCUUUAUCGGAAUACCCGAUAUGAACACUGACUAUCUCUACGGAGGUAAUCUCGUAAUCGAAAAUAAAACUUACUCUCUCUCGAUUGCUAAUUCAAAUGAAGCUCAGUUAUUCUUCUACUACUUGAACCCCAAUGGGACUUUGGUGGAGAAUCAAUGGAAUAUUAAGGAUCAGAAAUGGGAGGUUGCUUGGUCAGCUCCUGAAACAGAGUGUGAUGUUUAUGGUGCUUGUGGAGCAUUUGGGGUCUGUGAUUCUCAAAGAACCCCAAUUUGCAGUUGCUUGAGGGGUUUUAGACCACAGAGGGAAGAGGAGUGGAAUAGAGGAGUUUGGAGAAGUGGGUGUGUGAGGAGUUCUCUAUUGGAGUGUGAGAAGAAGAAUAUCAGUGUUGAAAUAGGAAAAGAUCAAGAUGGGUUUUUGAAGUUGGAAAUGGUUAAAGUUCCAGAUUCUGCAGGUUGGAUUGUUGCUUCAGAAAAUGAUUGCAGAGUUCAGUGCUUAUCAAACUGUUCAUGUUCUGCUUAUGCAUAUAAAACAGGGAUUGGUUGUAUGAUAUGGAGAGGAGAUCUAAUUGACAUUCAACAGUUCAAGAAUGGUGGAGCAGACAUUUACGUUCGUGGGGCUUAUUCAGAAAUAGCUUACGAAAGUGGAAUCAGCAAAGACGUGAAAGUAGUCAUUGUAGCUUCUGUGGUAACAGGAUCCUUCAUACUUAUCUGCUGCAUAUAUUGCUUAUGGAAAAGGAAAAGGGAAAGGGAAAGGCAGACCAAGAUCAAGUUUUUGAUGAACAAUGGUGAUGAUAUGAAGCAUGAUAAAGUGAAUCAAGUUAAGCUCCAAGAGCUGCCUCUUUUUGAUUUUGAGAAGUUGGCUACUGCAACUAACCAUUUUCAUUUCAAUAACAAGCUUGGUCAGGGUGGGUUUGGGCCAGUGUACAAGGGAAAAUUGGUAGAUGGACAAGAAAUAGCAGUAAAGAGGCUUUCGAAGACCUCUGGACAAGGGAUUGAAGAGUUUAGAAAUGAAGUAAUGGUGAUUUCAAAACUACAACAUAGAAAUCUUGUGCAGCUUUUUGGUUGUUGUGUGGAUGGAGAAGAAAGGAUGCUGGUUUACGAGUAUAUGCCUAAUGGAAGCUUGGAUUCAAUCCUUUUUGAUCCAACUAAAGCCAAAGUCUUAGAUUGGCGAAAAAGAUUCAACAUCAUUGAAGGAAUUGUUCGAGGACUUUUGUAUCUUCAUAGAGAUUCAAGAUUAAAGAUCAUUCAUAGAGAUCUCAAAGCUAGUAACAUUUUAUUAGACAGAGAUUUAAAUCCUAAAAUUUCGGAUUUUGGAACUGCUAGAAUUUUCUACGGCAAUGAAGCUCAAGCUAAAACCACAAAAGUUGUUGGUACUUACGGCUACAUGUCUCCGGAAUACGUGUUGAAUGGGCAAUUUUCAGAGAAGUCGGAUGUGUUUAGUUUUGGAGUUUUGUUGCUUGAGACUAUUAGUGGAAGAAAAAAUACAAGCUUCUAUGAGAACGAAGAUGCGUUGAGCCUUCUAGGAUUUGCAUGGAAAUUAUGGAUGGAAGACAAUUUAGUUGCUCUGAUUGAUCAAAUGAUGUAUGAAUUGCAUUAUGAAGCAGAGAUUUUAAGGUGCAUUCAUGUGGGACUAUUGUGUGUGCAAGAAUUUGCUAAAGACAGACCAAAUAUAACAACAAUUCUUUCAAUGCUUCAUAAUGAGAUCACAGAUGUUUCAACACCGAAGCAACCUGGAUUUAGUAGCAGGCAAAUUGAGAUACAUACCAAGGGAUUUGAACAAAAUCAUGUUGGAACUUGUUCCACAAACAUGAUCACAAUAACCUCAUUUGAUGGUCGAUAGAAUAUGUUGUGUGAGCUAUGUACAUGUACCUCUUGUAAGCCCUAUAAUUACUUCCGCAAACAAAGUUGGAGGUUUAAUUUAAAUAUUGUAAAUGAAAAAAAUAUUUAGAGAUUUAUUGUA